UUUAGAUGACGCUGUAGUAGUUAACUGAUUAACGGCUUAUCGUUUGAAUUUGUGUUACUGUUUAUGAUAGUUGGAGAUUUCGUACAUAAACAUUUGUAUAUUUUAAUAAUAUAUUCUAUAUUUUCAUGAAGGAUUUUAUAUUUUUAUAUUGGGUAUUUUUGACAGAGAAAUAACCAGGAUGAAUGCCAACGGGUAUAGAAACGUGGAGUCUUGGCAGGACAGAAAUAAUAAAGAAUAUCACUUGCCUCGGCAACAUAAUUCUUUGUUGGAAAAUUGUGAAAAUGAUCAAAAUUUCACAAAUAAGACAACAAAUGAGUAUGAUGGUACAAGAAAAAUAGAUCGGAGUAUUGACAAUUCUGAAAAUGAAUCUCAAAAUUUUAUGUUGAGAUUUACAGAGAGUUUAGACUUAGAUGAUAGCAUGACGUACAAAAAACAUUGUGAUACAAGAACAUUACAAAAUAAGAGACAAAACGUUGCAGUUCUUAGUGAUUCCAAUACCAGUAGUACUUACAGUGGAAGUAAAAAAAAAUAUAAUCUUCAUUUAAAUAGGAAAAAUGUUUCCAAUAAACAAGAAACUGAUAAAGUAUAUGUCAUAGAAUCUUCAGACAGUGAGGCUGAUCUAAGAGAUGAGAGCUCCUUUUCAUACAGCAAAUAUACAUUGUCCGAGAAGGAUGUGUUCACACCUAAUGGCUGUUCUAAUAAACAAACUGCAUUUGAGAUUAAUACAGUUCACAAGGAUGAAAAUCAUAGCAAAAACAAAGUUAAUCCUAGAAAUAUUGAAUCGUCUCAAUAUCACAGAAUGCUCAACAAAAAGAGUAUUGUGCAAAAUAAUCAGCGUAGUUUGGCAACACCUAUGACUAAGUUAUCGAAGCAUGAUACUCGGAAUAUUCUUAAAGUUAUACAGUCUACAAAAGCUGUAUACUUCUCUCCAAAUCAAGUGAACAGCAAGAGCAGAAAUAGGAGAAUCAGUGAUGAUAUUAAUGCUCCAUCAACAAUGGAUGAGGAUGUUAUUGUUCCAUCAACGUGUUCCAUUAAUUUAAACAAAAAAAUUGAAGAGAAUAUAAUCAUUAUCGAUGAAACUGCUUCAGAAUUGGAUAGCGAGGAUGAAAUCAGAAGUUCAGACGCUCAUGUAUUAAAACCACCAAAAACUCAUGUCAGCCGAUUCUUACAGACUCCAAAAAAGAAGAAUGAAUCACCAUCUCUCUCUGAGCAUAAGAAAAAGGAAAUUUCUUUAUGGCUUAUGACUAAUUCUCCUGGUUCCAGAAGUGACAGCUCUUCCAGUAAUGUUUCCGAUAGUAACAGAAACAGUGUGAGUUCAGGAAAUAGUAGUUUAGAGAGAUUUGAAAUGAAGCACGAGACACCAAACAAUAGAGGAAAGUUAUCAAAAAUAAAUAACUCAAGAAAGCUACCUGCUCUAGAAUUUACAAAAGAAAACAAUCCUUUAAUAAAAAAGUCAACUUACAUACCUAACACUGUUCAUCCAAUAAUUAAUGUACUGAACAAGGUAGAUAAAAAUGAAUCUGCAAAGGAAGUAGUCUCAAAAAAAACUGAAAAUCCUACAUCAGUUAAAAAUAUGGACAUUAUGGAUUGUGCAGACAUACUUGAUAAAUUGUAUGGACACGUUUGGAGAUCUGAAGCCAAUGAAUUGCUCCCAAUGUCCGAACCCAGAAAUCAAACGAUUACAAAGAAAGAUAGAGCGGUUCAAACAGAAAGAAGAGUAAAUGUGCGAAAGAAAAUCUUAUCAAGAAGAAUUAGCUACAGUGACUCCGACGAAGACUCGUAUGACCUCGUACAAAAUAUGCAACCAAUAUUUAAUUCAACCAGUAAGUCAAAGCGGAGUGACAAGGAACGAAGAGAUAGCUUCCUGGAUGACGGCUCAUUGAGUGAAAAUAGUCCAGAAAGUGUUUAUCUCACAGCACUAACAAAUCCUCGAAUAUUUGGAAAUUCAAGCAACUGUCAAAAAUCUACUCCAAUUUCACUUACAACACAAAGGGCUAAAAAAAUAUGUGAUCCGGACAGCGAGGAGGAUACCACAACAAUGCAAAAUUUCAAAAACAAAAAAAGACUGUCAUUUACCGAUGACGAUUCAAGCGAUUCGAGUACCAGUGAAUUUGAUCCAGGCGAUGUUGUACCUCCAAAGUCUACAAGCAAGAAAGGUACAAAAAAAUUGCCGAACCAAGCACUAGAGAAGAAAAAUAAAUCGUCUACAAGAAAUCUAAAUGAACGAGAGAAAAGUGGAAUUAAAAGUUUCCUUGCAUCGCUCUCAGAAACAGUUUCAUUAGCAAAUUGUCAUCCUGAUGCAAAGAAAUAUCGAACAAACUUUAAGAAUACAAAGGAGGAAUUAUGCAAGCACUUAUUUAAGUUAUACAAUGAGAAAAUAUUUAAUAAGAAAUUACCGGAAGAUAUGUCCAUUGAGUGGAACGUUCGUAUGCGUGGAACAGCUGGAUUUUGUUACAAUAAAAAGUCAGUAAAAGCACUAGGAGCCGUAACGAGAUCGUCACGGAUUGUUCUGGCAACUAAGAUCAUAGACAGACCAGAUAGACUAAGAGAUACUUUGGUCCAUGAAAUGUGUCAUGCUGCUGCUUGGUUAAUAAAUAACGUCUCCGACGGACACGGAUCUUAUUGGAAAGGAUGGGCUAGCAAGGCAAUGCAGGUAUUUCCGGAUUUGCCUCCAAUUCGACGCUGUCAUGAUUAUCAGAUAAAAACAAAGUUCACGUACAGAUGCAUGAACUGUGGCUACAGCAUUGGAAGACAUUCGAAGUCCUUAGACGUGGAAAAGAAACGUUGUGGCCAUUGUUACGGCAAGUUUGAACUUCUGACGAAUAAAGUUACGAAAUCCGGAACUGUUCAAGUAGCAACACCAGCCCAUACCAAAACACCCUCCGGGUUUGCACUUUACGUCAAGCAGAAUUAUAACUUGAUAAAAUCAAAGCGUCGCAGCCUUAAACAUGGUGAUGUUAUGAAAAUACUAAGUUCACAAUUUGCAAACUUAAAAAUCGCCAAGAAGACCGAGGAAGUCGUAGAACUGUCACCAUAGAUCAUCGCCAUAUAGUUAUUACAAUAUUUAGUAUGACAAGCUAGAGAAAGCUUAUCCGACAUUGGGAUUAAUAUCCUCGCGUAGAUUUAUAGGAAGAUUUAUUUGUGAAUACACAAACUUUAUAUAACAAUUGACAAACAGCAUGAGCAAUGCUGCACCCGCAUUGUAUUGGGGAACUACUUAUAUUUUUAUUAUAUCUACACUAUAGUGUAGUUGAAAUAAAUUUUGGCAGUCAUUUGGCUGCAUUACCUAAAGAAUGGAAUUUGAGUUAAAAAAUUGUAAAAUUGACUAGUCAACAAAUGCUUCAAACGAUGUAUUAGUAAGCAUAGCAUCUGUCACAAUCGUAACCAACAAUUUAUGACGCAUUCUUGAAAAAAGCCAAUAAAGAAGUUUAAAAUCGUCAUAA